GUUAGUAACGAUUGAACAAUAAGCUUAUCCCACCGGAGAACCGGACAAUUUGAAGUUUCCAAUUAAAUAGUAUUGGAAGUUGCGCCUAUUUGUUGUGUUAUUGACUAUAUUAAAAAGAAAAUUCUUAAACAUUCCGGAUAUAACUAUAUAGCUAGGAAGUGAUAAAUUCUUGAGAACUGUAAGUAUACAUGGAGAUCUUUCCUUUACUUUCCACUGUCAUGAAGUUGGCGCUUAUCGUUUGACAUUAGCUUACCAAUCCGCGAACGUUGAUGAUAACCUUUAUUUUUCUGCGUAGACCGCGUGAGUUGUGGUUAUUUUAUUGAAUUGUAAUUAUAUUUUAAGUGUUGAUAACGCGACAAAAUGGGGAAGGUACGUUCAGCACCGGGUGCACCCCGGAAACAAGGGUUCAAUAAAGGUGCACAUUCAAUGAACCCAGAUAGACCGACUGAAGGCUUGAAAGGAGUUGCCAAGCCUAGGACAAAAGCAACCAUCAAACGGCUUCAGAUGUACAGAAACUUUAAGGCGAAGAGAGAUAAAACUGGUAAAAUUUUGACCCCAGCUCCAUUCCAAGGUUGGUUACCAUCAGGUACUCAAGCUCGUGUGGAACCUAGCCAGAAGUGGUUUGGCAACUCACGAGUGAUAUCACAGAGCGCAUUACAAAAGUUUCAAGAUGAAUUUGGAGCUGCUGUCAAGAACCCAUAUCAAGUUAUUAUGAAACCCACAAACCUUCCAAUAACAUUGCUCAAUGAAAAAGCAAAAAAUACAAGAGUACAUUUGUUGGACACGGAAGGAUUCGACAAAACAUUUGGUCCAAAGAAACAAAGAAAGAGAGUUAAUUUGAAAUUUAGUGAUCUAAAUAGUUUAUCAAAGGCUGUAGAAGAAAGCACAGAGAAUUAUGAUGAAACAAAAGAUAUUGACAGAGUUCGUGAAGACACAGGAGUUAAAGAAGGACAAAGAGAUUGGGUGUUUGGAGCUGGAAUGAGUAAAAGAAUUUGGAAUGAAUUGUAUAAAGUAAUAGAUUCUUCUGAUGUUCUAUUACAAGUCCUGGAUGCCAGAGACCCUAUGGGCACUCGGUGUCCUUAUGUUGAGAAGUUCCUAAGGGAAGAAAAAAAACACAAACAUCUUAUAUUUAUUUUGAACAAAGUAGACUUAGUACCAAACUGGGUGACACAGCGUUGGGUGGCUAUCCUCAGUGCCGAAUACCCUACUAUAGCUUUCCAUGCAUCGAUGACACAUCCCUUUGGGAAAGGCUCUCUUAUAAACUUAUUGAGGCAAUUCGCUAAAUUACAUAUUGACAAGAAACAAAUUAGUGUUGGUUUGAUUGGAUAUCCUAAUGUGGGGAAGUCAUCGGUUAUUAAUACACUCAGAGCUAAGAAAGUGUGCAAAGUUGCACCUAUAGCUGGUGAGACUAAAGUAUGGCAGUACAUCACAUUAAUGAGGAGAAUAUUUUUGAUUGAUUGUCCUGGUGUUGUCUAUCCUUCAGCUGAAACAGACACUGAGAAAGUACUGAAAGGAGUUGUAAGAGUUGAAUUAGUACAAAAUCCAGAAGAUUACAUAGAGGAGGUUAUCAAGAGAGUCAGGAAAGAGUAUUUAGUGAAAACAUACAAAGUAGAUGCAUGGGAUACUGCAACUGAAUUCUUAGAGAAGCUUGCUGCUCGUACUGGGAAGUUAUUGAAAAAAGGUGAACCUGAUGUCAGUCAGGUAGCAAGAAUGGUUCUAAAUGAUUGGCAAAGAGGAAAACUACCAUUCUAUGUGGCUCCAGAAGGUUUUGAAGUUCCACUAUCAAAACAAGAAAAUAAUGAAAAAACAGAAGAAGUUACAGCAAACACUGAAGAAAAGAAAACAGAUGCUGUUGAAGAGGAAAAACAGGAUGCAGAAAAAGAAAAUGAAGACACUGCUGAUAAACCAAUUUAUAUCAAUAAAUUAAUUGUUGCACAAGAUUUUGCAAAGAUCAGAGUUGGACUACAAUUUGAUAAUGAUGAUGAUGUGAAGCCACUAGAAAAGUUUGAUAUACCUGAAGAACUUCAAGGAAUUGAUGAUGACAAUGCAGAGAAUGAUGAAUCUAAAAGUGUCAUUGAAGGCAAUGAAAAGAUUGACAAUGAGGACCCUGAUUCAUCAGACAUUAGUGACUUUUAUAGUGAAGAUGAGAAUAAUUGUAGUGAUUUGGAAGAUCACUUAACUAAUGAUCCAGAGACUGUGAAGGAGAUGAAACGUAAGAAACUUGAAGCUGCUAGUGGUCAGUUCACAGUAGAGGAAAUACCAAGUGGAAAGAAAAAUAAGGCAGGAGUUAAAGACGGUAGAGUUAAGAAAAUGACUGCUAAGGCCAGGAGAGCUUUGGAGAGGGCCCAGAAACGAACUAAAACAGGAAGCAACUUCUAUGAAGUAUCUAAUGUUAAGAACAGAAAUAGAGCAAAGAAACCUCGUGUCUGAACUAAUUAAAUGUAUUCCAACAUUAUUUAUCGCAACUGUCUGUUUUAUUCACUUCCAAAUUAAUAACUUAAAAUACCGCAACCAAUUUUGUUGCUUUUUGUAUCUCCUAAAAUGUAUUUUUUAUUUGUAUGAAUUUGAUUAUUACUUUAUCCUACCUGGGACUCCAUUACACAGUAAAACAUUAUCACCUACAUAUUCUGAAGUUAAAUAAAUUAAAUAAACUUAUAGUAUUAAAAAGGUGUAAUGUUGUGUUCAAACAUCAAUAUUAUUUAAUUUGUAAUCCUCAAGGGCACUUAACAUACCUACCUAAUAUUUCUAUAUAAUCUGUAAUUUAGAAAUAUCAAUAGUUACUAACACACACUACACAUACGUUAGUGUCAUCCACUUCCUAUAGGCUCAUAGAAAAGCUAGAGAGAGAUCCUACUUCAAAAAAUAUUUUUACUCACUUAGCAGUCCACAAAGUAGAUACAUUUUUUUUAUACACACAAGAACCAGCUUUUUUUUUAUGGUAUAAGUCGGCAAACGAGCAGACGGAUUACCUGAUGGUAAGCAAUCGGCGCCGCCCAUGGACACCCGCAACACCAAAGGAGUUACGAGUGCGUUGCCGGCCUUUUGGGGAUGGGGGUUGCGGAUAUAAGGAUUGGGAAGGGAGGGCAAUUUAUUAAGAAUCUAGCAAACUGUUGCACAACAUAUGUUUUAUUAUAGGUAUUAACACACUUUUCGUCAUAAUCACAUCAACGCGUAGGUACCUAGGGUAUUUGAUUACAGGUUGGCCACUAGCUGUUAAUUUGUUAUUAAAAGAUACACAAUUAAUUAAAAGGUAAACCAAUGAAAAUCAAAUUUAGCAAAUUAAUAUCAGGUAAGUAAUAAAAUUUAAUGUUUUGUCCCAUUUUGUUUCAGAUGUCGUCGUCAGGGAGCGAGAGUGAUGAAGAAUACGUGCCAGGAGAACCUGAAAAAUUAUCAGAAGAAGAAUCAGCGAAUGAAGAAACAGAUAUGCAGUUUGAAAAGGAAUUAGAACAAAAGGCAAAGAAACGGAAAGGAGGCAAAGAAGCUACGAGCACGAAGAAACGUAGAACACGGAAUGGUGCGGUAGAAAAAGAAGAAUCUCCAGUAAGAGAAAUAGAGAAAACCGAAGAAGUAUUAAAUCCUGAGGAGGAGAAAAAGAAAGAAGAUGAUUUAUGGGCUAAGUUUUUGGAAGGAACCGAUACUAAGCCUAAACCUACCGCGACAGUAACCAGCUCGACCAUUGAAACUCCUAAAACUGUAGCUAAAGAGGAAACUGCCAAAAAAGUUGUAUCCAGCACCAGCGAUGAUGAUAAAGCAAGAGAAAAAAGAAUAUUUGAAUUCGCCGGAGAAACAAUAGUUGUCGAAAAUAACAAGAUCAAAGAAAAGAUAAAAACCGCUGACAGCCCUGCAACAGGAAGUAAAGUAGAAGCACCGGCACGCAGCAGAUUCGGAGGUGGAGGCCUAUCCAGCGUGCUAGGGCAGCUCAACAAAAAGAACACGUUGUCCACCCUCGAGAAGUCAAAGCUUGACUGGUCUACCUACAAACAGGAAGAAGGCCUUGAAGAAGAGAUUGAAAGUCAUAAUAAAGGAAAGAAUGGUUACUUGGACAAACGCGAUUUCCUGGAACGCGCAGAUGUAAGGCAGUACGAGAUUGAGAGGAACUUGCGCAUGAGUCGACGCAGCAAUCGAUAAAACAUUAGAACAAUUUGUUAUAAUUACCAGCUACUCACAAUAAGUCUAUGACAUCGCUAUUAAACGCUGAAU